CUCUUACCACCCUUGAUACACUUAAUGCAAAAUCUCCAUUUUCCAGCCGAAAAUGAUACCCCCCUGAUCCCCUUCAACACUCCCUCCUCGCGUAAUGUUACUCUUCCCCCUCCUCCUAAUCACCCCUACCAUUAUCCUCGCACAAUCUCCAACCCCAACAAGCAUAUCAGUAAUCCACACCCUAAUCCCCCCAUACGGCCCCGGCCCAGCCAUCUACCACGCCUCCAUUGCCGGCGUCCAACCAUUUGGCACAGUCUACCACAUAACCUGCUCACCACCACCAGCAAGUAGCCUCCAAACCCCAACCCUACAAUGGGAUCCGUGUUUGACGAGGUAUUUCGGCACCGAGAGUCAGACGUUUACACAGGUGUCUACAGGGUGGUUUGUAGCUCGGGAUCUGCAAUCCAGCACAGCCACACAUAAGUCGGCUUUGAACAAAGCGCAUACGAACUGCAACAUCCAGCCCCAGGCAUCUCCACGGCUCGGCGUAAAUGAUGUGGGGUUGUUGAGUUGCUCCGCCUACAGCUACGACGGUGCGGGAAGAGGCACGCAAACAGAAGGCGAUGGGUAUGCGAAAUUCGGGCUUAGGAGACAGGAUGUGACGGUUACGGGCGGGUGGGAGUCGUUGGAGGGUCCGGUGGUGACGACGGAGAGUACUUUGGCUGUUGGGUCAUUCACCGACAUCGGAGCUACGGCGACAAAGGGGGCACCGGUUACGACUGUGACGUUGCAUAAGGUCGGUGGGGAUGCGGCGACUAUCUCGGGUCAGGGAAUGGCUGGCUGGACGGCGGUGCUGGUGGCGUUUGCGACGGCCUUUGUCUUGUGA